CCUUAAAUGUUUCGCUGUUUUUGUCAGCGUGACAUAUGUGUCUCUCUGCCAUGUUUGUGUACAUCUUAAGCGUAAAUGGUUAUAUUUAUAAACACACAAGGUCAGCCUCUCGCUGUGGAAUAAUCAUCUGACGCACAUAUACUGGAUUAUACUGGUUUAAUGGAUUAACGUUACUGGAGGAUGAAUAUGAUUGUUUCGUCUUCUCAUUGAUUCAGAUCAAACACAAAGACAGGUAUGGAUGAAAUGUCAUAUAUGGGGUCUGGCUAAGGGUCACUGUUGCCCUGGCGUCUGCACCCCAUUGGCUCGGCCUCCAGCAUGUACCGUAGAAACGGCCUAUCUGAUGGCACCAGCAUUAGCUCCAACUCCUCUGAGGACAGUAAGAGCUUAGCAUCGGUGGAUGGGCUGAGCGCUGACUACGCCAAGAGCUAUGACGCCGUCGUGUUUGAUGUGCUAAAAGUGACGCCAGAGAUGUUUGCGAGCCAAAUUACCCUGAUGGACGCCCCUGUGUUUAAGGCCAUACAGCCCGAGGAGCUUGCUAGCUGUGGCUGGAACAAAAAGGAGAAACAUAAACUGGCUCCUAAUGUUGUUGCCUUCACACGGAGGUUCAACCAGGUCAGCUUCUGGUUAGUGCGAGAGAUCCUUACCGCUCAGACGCUGAAGAUUCGUGCAGAGAUCCUGAGCCAUUUCGUGAAAAUCGCAAAGAAACUUUUGGAGCUGAAUAACCUGCAUUCGCUGGUGUCCGUGGUUUCGGCUUUGCAGACCGCUCCCAUCUUCAGACUGAGCAAGACCUGGGCGUUGAUCAGCAGAAAAGAUAAGGCCACGUUUGAGAAGCUAGAUUACCUGACAUCUAAAGAAGAGAACUACGCCAGAAUGAGGGAGUUUAUCAGAUCGCGCAAGAUGGUGCCCUGCAUCCCUUAUCUAGGAAUCUACCUGCUGGACAUGAUUUACAUUGACUCGGCCUAUCCCGCCUCUGACAGCAUCAUCGAGACAGAGCAGCGGACCAAUCAGAUGAAUAAUAUCCUCCGUGUGAUCUCUGACCUGCAGAUGUCCUGUACAUACGAUCACCUUGUGGUCCUGCCUCAUGUGCAGAAGUACUUGAUGUCUGUUCGCUACAUUGAGGAACUUCAAAAGUUUGUGGAAGAUGACAAUUUCAAACUGUCUUUGAAAAUUGAACCAGGGAACAGUUCACCACGCAUUGCCACAUCUAAAGAGGAUCUCGCAGGUCCGUCUGAGGUGUCUUUGUCCGUGCGAUACAGUCGACGGCCUACUUGCCCUGAUGCUACGGCUGGGGUCCAUGUUCCCACACCGCCUCCCUCACGACACCGGAAAAGCCACAGUCUGGGCAACGCUAUGAUGUGGCAGUUUGGUGUUGUGGAGAGUAAAAGUGCCACGUUUCCCAUCGAGAAACCACGUCACCUGCUGGAUGAUAGUUUUCUGGAGUCACAGAGUCCAGCCCGGAACAACCCACAGAGCUCAUUGGUGUCCAACGGCGUAUCUAUAGGAAGCAGUGGGAGUUCAUUUUGUGAUGAUCUUUCCCCAGGAGUCGAGAGGGGGCGCUUGUACGCCACUCUUGGCCCUAACUGGAGGGUUUCUCAUCGCAACUGCCCCCGACGUCACAUCCAUGCCCACAGUACGUCUGUAGCAGAACGGGGUAUCAGUCAUGGAGGGUCCGGUGAUGUCACAAUAGAGGGUCCUUUAAAGAGGAAGACCCUGCUAAAGGAGGGACGCAAACCCAAGCUCUCUUCAUGGACGCGGUUCUGGAUCACGCUGUCUGGAUCCAGUUUGAUAUUCUACGCAUCAAAAGCUCUGAGAGCCACAGACAGAAAACAUUUCAAGUCGUCACCCUGUAAGAAAGUGUCAGUUUUGGGCUUGAUGGCGGUUCUGCCGGAUGACCCGGCGCAGCCCAACAUCUUUCAGCUGAAUGAUCCUGACAGAGGGAAUGUUUACAAGUUUCAGACUGGAGAUCGGUUCUCUGCCAUCAUGUGGCACAAGAACCUCCAGGAGGCGUGUCGGAGAAGACCACCUCAGAUACCAGCGAAUCUCAUGUCGUUCGAAUGAACAGACUUGUGUAGCGCUCAAUGUUUAUAAUGUGCCAAAGGUCUAGAGAGAGAGAGAGAACAGAUGCACUUUGACUGAGCCAAACUCUUUCUCCAGAGCUUCAGUGCUCAAAGAUCCCCAACUCACAUGAAGAUGUUUGUCACAGACCAGCAGGCACAGAUUUACAUUCAGGAGGAAAUGAGGAGUGGGUUUUUUAGGAGGACGGUUGUGCCAUUAUGUUUUGGAAAUUGAAACCGAGAAGGUCGUUAUGUGUGACAGAAGCGGAGUUGAACCUGUGAGUCCCGCUGGAACUUCUCCAGCACACAAGUCUAAAACAGCUGGAAUAUUUAAGCACCCUGAGCCGUGAACAAACAGUACAAACUUUAUUAAACCAGUCUGAAGCAAUGAGCCGGUGAAGUUUAGCUUUGGUUGAGAGUGUUUAUACAUCUGUUACCUUCACAUUAUCUCAUAUUCUAGACUGUCGUUUGUGUGUGUCUGUGUGUCAGUGUGUUUUGACAGGUUAAUGGAUGUUUGAUAGUGCGACUGUUUACAUCAGAGCUUCUGAAUACUCAGUUUAAGUUUUGGACAUUUUAAGCACAUGAAAUCUUGUUUUUGGCUUCAAAGUAUUACAGUUUGAAUUCUUACAACUUUUGACAUGAAAAGUUCGACAAAGCAAAAGGUUUGUGUCCAUCCCCUCAGUUUUAUUGAAAGGGUUUCUUUAACUUGAACUAAAAUACAAAAGCAGCCAUUUUCACUGGAUGAUCUUAAAACUAUUUGACAGUUUGUUUAGCCUGUCACACAAGUAUAAAAAUGAAUCUUUUGAUUCAAUGAAACAUCUUAUAAACUGUAAAUGCUCCGAUCACUGUAAACCUGCCCAGAACAUGUUUGUGAUAUUUCACCCCAAAAUCAAAAUAAUUUAGACUAUUAAGAUUUUACCCAGUUCAACAAAUACUCAUUUUCAUAGCUGUAAUGUAAAAAAAAGAAUGUAUUUAUGUGUACAAAUUGUAUUAUUUAUUGCAAACAAUCAUUUUGAUUAAGGGGACAUCAAUAUUGAUAGUCAAGAUUGUAUAUUAUCAUAAAGAGAAUCGCCUUAGUGUAAAACUAAUUCUUACAGCACAUCAUAGUUCUUAAAACAUUUUCUUGAUGCAAAUUUAGUUGAGACGCCAGUUUAGAUUUUGCGGUGAAAUAUGUUGUAGACAGCUAUCAGUCAAAUUUGAAUAAAGGCUUACGCGUGUAAUUAUCUGACAUGACAGAACUGACAUAAAUCUAUUAUUUAUUGUGUAUGUCAAUGUCUGUGAAUGUUAACCAUCUGACAGCAGUGCACAAAACAAAACAAUGUUUUAGAGUUUAGUGUUGAUCUGAAAUGAGUGAAGGAAUAGGAUUGGUUACUAAUGUAUUUGUUUGUAAAUGUUUGUUAUGUGCAAUGAUUCUACUGAAGCUUUGUCUGUGUUCUCUGAAUGAGCUCUAAAGAGAGAUGAUGUCGCGUGUGCCACUGUUGGAGAAUGAAUGCCAAUCUGUGAUACUGUAAAAACAUCAGCUUAAGAAAACCAGACACCUGCUUUGCUUUACGGGGUUGCCAAUUCAGGAAUAUUUCACAAAAAAUAUUUGCUCAUCUCAUGUCAUAUAUGUAAAUAAUGGCUAAACUUAAAUUUUUUGGUUGAAAUAUUCCUUUAAAGUGAAUUGCUUGCUGAUGUAAAUAUUUCAGCUUCACAACCUGAUAGUGAUUUAGCUAUUUGUCGAAAGUAUUAUUUUUUUAAGUUUUCAUCUAUUUUCAAACUUUUAUAGGGAAACCUUUUUUUGUUCUGUUUUGAUUUGUAUUUACAGACAUACAGAAACUGUUGAUCUUGUUUUUGCAUAGAAACACAGACAUAUGUACAGAUGCACUGCAUGUACCUUCUGUUUUUUCACCUGUAACUGAAUUUGAAAAGUGAAUUGUGUACAUACUAAAUUAUUUCUUUUCAAUGUAGACGAUAGUGUUGAAUCGGCUAUCAAUAGCUGAGUCUCCAUAAAACCAUUAAAUGCCAGUGAAAGUACUCAUGUCUUGAUGCACAUUUACUGUUCCAUUUUGAUAUCCAAAGAGGCGUGGUCUUGGGUUAAAGCUGUAUUUUUAUUGUUAUUCGUUGGUGGUGUACAGCAUCCUCUAGUGGCAUCAGCCUGUCUACUCAGGCUUAUUCUUUUCAAUAUUUUUUUUCUAAUGUAGAUUUAUAGAAGUUACUGACAUGACUGCAGGUUAUUGAGUAAAAUGCAGAUCAAAGAAGUUUGUUUUUUGUUUAUUUAAGGUCAUGUUACAUGAAUAUAAUUUUAUUUAAGCACAUCUCAUCUCACCCCUCUAUGAAUUUUUUUAUUCUCUCUUCUAGCUUUCUUUUGCCAACUAAAGACUAUUACUUCCUCAUACUCUCACUUUUUGUUCUUUCUGUUCAAUGUCAUAAGCACAACUUUUUUCAAAGAUGGAAGAGUUAAGAAAUUAAAAGGUUUUAAUCGUGA